AUGUCUGGAAGAGGCAAGGGAGGCAAGGGUCUGGGUAAGGGCGGUGCUAAGCGCCACCGCAAAGUCCUGCGAGAUAACAUCCAGGGGAUCACCAAGCCAGCUAUCCGGCGCCUGGCGCGGCGUGGGGGUGUCAAGCGGAUCUCUGGGCUGAUCUACGAGGAGACCCGUGGCGUGCUGAAGGUGUUCCUGGAGAACGUGAUCCGGGACGCGGUCACCUACACUGAGCAUGCCAAGCGCAAGACCGUGACAGCCAUGGACGUGGUGUACGCGCUCAAGCGCCAGGGCCGCACCUUGUACGGCUUCGGAGGCUGAGUGCGCUGCUCUUUCUCCCUCGCCCGCCAUCAACUGUACCCAAAGGCCCUUUUUAGGGCCGACCACUCCCUCAUCAAAAGAGUUGAGCACU